CUUCCUGUUUCAAGUUCUUUCCACACAACUUUGAUCAUUUUGUUUCCUUUCUCUUUCUCUGGCGUGGAUUCAGGCAACAGCAAUAAGGAGGUUGAAUUGAAUCCAAGAUGGCUUCUUUGUGGUUUCUCAAGCUGGCUCUAAAAUGCGUUGAUCAUUUCGCAUGGCCUCUUCUUGCUCUGGGGUAUCCUCUAUGUGCUUCCGUACAAGCAAUCGAGACUGAUUCCCAUGCAGAAACUAGGGAUUUGAUCUCAUACUGGAUACUUCUCUCAUUAAUAUAUCUCUUCGAGUAUGCUUUUCUGAGGCUUCUUCAAUGGUUCCAGUUCUGGCCUUACCUUAAGCUAAUGAUCAUCUUCUGGCUCAUCAUACCAGACUUUGGACGAGCUUCUUAUGUCUAUAAUAACCUUUUUGGCUCACGUAUGUCCAUGAAACCUCAUGCAGUCACAAGCAGGUUAAAUAACUGGAGGAAGUUUUUUGCUAAGAAAGAAAACUUUUUACUGCACGCAGAGAGAUAUAUAAAAGAGAAUGGAAUUGAAGCCUUAGAGAAACUCAUUGCUGACAAGGCAAAUGGGAAAGCGCUCCAAACAGAGCACAAAGACAUCAAAGAUAGCACAACGAAUAAACUGGAUGUGGAGGAAACAAAUGUAAUUAGAACUACUUAUAUGAAAGAAAUGCAACAGACAAAUGGGAAAAAGCUCCAAACAGAGCACAAAGACAUCAAAGAUUUGGAGGUGAUUGAGAAAAAGGAAAUUCCUACAGGCAAGCAAGAUAUCCCUGUUAUGCCUAACCUUGCACCAAGUCAGAAUGCUUCAUCAACCAUGAUGGAAACUAAAGGAAUAGCAACAGGGAAAGACAGUGCUGGUGGAGAGCUUCUUCAGAGCUCUACACAUAAAGAAGUGCAGAAAGAGUGGACUUGUGCUGUAUGUCUGGUAACAACUACAAGUGAAAAAACCUUGAAUUUCCACCUGCAUGGGAAGAAACACAGGGCUACUUGUGAAGCUCUUAAAGCAAAGAAUCAACCUGUUCCGCAGAAGAUGAAAACCGAUCAGUCCAAAAAGGAAUCGAAACAGAAGAACAUAAACAAUCAGCUUAAUUCCAAGACCACGAAUGGGGAGAGUACAGUUAACAACGGCUUGAAAGGGAAAACAGUCAUGCAUCAUUCGAAGGUGCAAGAACAGCAAAAGAAUGUUGGUGAACCUGUAAGGAUGAAUCAUUCCAUAUUAAGGUGUGAAGUUUGUAAUGUCAAUUGCACUAGUGAGCUUGACAUGGCCUCUCACUUAAAAGGGAGGAAGCACAUGGCUCAAAUUAAAAUCUAAUCUAAAGUAUACGUUUGUAAAGAGGUAAAUGAGUUUACACUAACGGUAUUAAUUUUGGGUGAGAAGUCUGUAGAUUCAUAGCUUAAAUGGCAAAUAUGGACAUUGCUUAUAUAUUGAAAGGAAGUUCAGGUUAAGAGCCUGCUUUGUUGAUAUCUAUCUUAUAUUCUGGUUGUAUGACUACCUUGUUCCAUAGGAUUCAUAUAUUUAUCUUUCAAUGCUACUUCUUUUUUUUGG